AUGACGACCCUCCAGCCGCGAUCGCCAUACUCGCCGGAAGAGCUGGCCAAACUCUACCCAAAGGAUCUCGAACUUGCACAAGUGCAGAUACUUUUACGACAUGGAGAACGUACGCCGGUCAACGCGCGGUUCAAGGAUACCGGGCUCCCUGCCUACUGGCCGUACUGCUCGGUUGCGAAAGGAAUGAGAUCAGCAGUGAUCAAUGCGGACGGCUCGCCGGACACCCUACAAUGGCGGCGGAGGAUCGAGUCUUUGGGACAGAACAAUUCGCCGACGCUGAACGCAGGUCCAAAGGGCGAGGUGGAUGCUAUAUGUCAGCCAGGAGAGUUGACCGACCGAGGGAGGGAGACUACACUGGCUUUGGGGCAAAGGAUACGAAGGCUGUACGUUGAUCAACUGGGCUUUCUUUCCAGCGGCCUGGAUGCUGCAUCCGCGUCUCAGGUCACUCUCAGAGCAACACCAAUUCCACGUGCGCUGGAGAGUGUACAGCAAGCGUACGUUGGUCUAUAUCCAGCAACUACAAGAGCACCCGGCCUUCCUCCACCGACAGUCGUAACCCGGUCAAUGCAGGAGGAGACUCUGUUCCCAAAUGAGGGUGCCUGCAAGCGCUUCGCGGAACUAGCCCACGCCUUCGCCGACAGGACUGCGCAGCUCUACAAUUCCAGUCCAGAACUUUCGUACCUCAACAAGAAACUUGGCAAGUACAUGCCCGAAGCAUCUCCGUUAGUGAAGGUCGACAGUCAUCCUCGGCUGAGUGGUAUCAUGGACUCAGUCAAUGCCACGCUCGCCCACGGUCCCGAUACGAAGCUUCCAAAGGACUUUUACGAUCAGAAAGUUCGUGAUGACAUUGACAAGGUUUGCGUCGAGGAGUGGUUCGUUGGGUACCAGGAGAGCAAUGAUUAUCGUAAGCUUGGCGUUGGAGCAAUGGUUGGCGACCUGACACAGCGCAUGGUCGAGCACGCAACAGCGGGCGGCAAGGCAUCAGCAGCGCCCUUCAAGAUAGGCCUUGCUGGCUGCCAUGACACGACUCUUGCCGGUACUUUGACAGCGCUAGGAGCCAUGGACGCCACGAAGGACAAAUGGCCCAAUUUCACCAGCAACAUUGCCUUCGAGCUUCUCAAGCGCAAGCCAACUUCUUCAGACAGUACGAGCGGCGCCAUCUGGCCGAGUGAGAAAAGGACGUGGUGGUCUUCUCUGUUCGGCGGAGCGACAAGCUCCAAGCCUGUCUCUGCGCGUACGCCGUUGGCAGAGUGGUCCGACUCGGAGAAGGCUGGUCUUGACGAAUACUACGUGCGACUGAGAUUCAACGACAAGCCGAUGACUGUUCCGUAUUGCAAGCCCGCGGGCAGGCAUUUCGAGGGCGAUGAGACGUUCUGCACGCUCAGCGCGUUCAAGGAGGCUGUUGAUUCGUUCACGCCGAAGGACUGGAAGGCUGAGUGUGGCAUGAACCUGGGAAAACCGGCGAUGAAUGGCCAGAUCGAGCGGCCGCCGGGCUUAUAG